AAUUGUGGCCACCACAGGUGCAGGGAGCAGUUCCUCUCCACUCAGAGCCUGAAGCAUACCCGGCAGGGGCUGUCCCCAGGCCCAACAAGCAAAGGGCCCAGCAGCGAGGGCCACUGGAGCCCAUCUCCGGGGGGCUGGGCAGGAAGUAGGGUGGGGUUUGGGGUAGGGAUCUGGUACCCCGGGACUGCUGCAACUCAAAACUAACCAACCCACUGGAAGAAGAUGCCUGGGGGUCCAGGAGUCCUCCAAGCUCUGCCUGCCACCAUCUUCCUCUUCUUCCUGCUGUCUGCUGCCUACCUGGGCCCUGGGUGCCAGGCCCUGUGGGUGGAUGGGGGCCCAACAUCAUUGAUGGUGAGCCUGGGGGAAGAGGCCCACUUCCAAUGCCUGCACAAUGGCAGCAACGCCAACAUCACCUGGUGGCGCGUCCUCCACGGCAACCACACGUGGCCCCCUCAGUUCGUGGGCGUGGGCCAGGGCUACAAUGGUACGCUGACCAUCCAGAACGUGAACAAGAGCCACGGGGGCAUAUACCUGUGCCGGGUCCAGGAGGGCAAUGAGCCAUACCAGCAGUCCUGCGGCACCUACCUCCGUGUGCGCAAUCCGCCCCCCAGGCCCUUCCUGGACAUGGGGGAGGGCACCAAGAACCGAAUCAUCACAGCCGAGGGGAUCAUCCUCCUGUUCUGCGCGGUGGUGCCUGGGACGCUGCUGCUGUUCAGGAAACGAUGGCAGAAUGAGAAGCUCGGGUUGGAUGCCGGGGAUGAAUAUGAAGAUGAAAACCUUUAUGAAGGCCUGAACCUGGACGACUGCUCCAUGUAUGAGGACAUCUCCCGGGGCCUCCAGGGCACCUACCAGGAUGUGGGCAGCCUCAACAUAGGAGAUGUCCAGCUGGAGAAGCCAUGACACCCCUACUCCUGCCAGGCUGCCCCCGCCUGCUGUGGACCCAGCUCCAGUGUCUCAGUUCACUUCCCUGGGACAUUCUCCCUUCAGCCCUUCUGGGGGCUUCCUUAGUCAUCUUCCCUCGGUGGGGAGUGGGGGGUAAUCUCACUCUUCUCCAGGCCAGGCCUCCUUGGACUCCCCCGGGGGUGUCCCACUCUUCUUCCCUCUAAACUGCCCCAUCUCCUAACCUAAUCCCCCCCUGCUGCCUUUCCCAGGCUCCCCUCACCCAAGCAGGUAAUGAGCCCUUAAUCACUGCCUCCAGGUGAGCUGAUUGUAGCAGCUCCCCGGUCACCCCCCCCUCCAUGAUCUGUCAGUGUCACCCCCUCCUCCAUGAUCUGUCAGGACCACUUAGUAAUAAUAAAUUCUUCCCAACUGCA